CAUUUAACGAUUUGAACUGAAGACAAACAAAAUGGCGUGUCUCUUGCGUGUCUCCUGGAAUAAAAUUGACGCCGAGCGUUAGUUUCCCUGUAGUUAUUAAUAAAGCUCAAUUAUUGUGCUAUGAUUGUGGUAAAAGUUUGAAUUAAAGAUGGAUUUCGCCGGAAUUGUGAAAGAGAGCCCGGGUCUAUGCCGGUGCUGUCUAUCUGAAGGCUGUUAUAAGGACUUAAGCUCAGAGUAUACAUGGAUGGAUGAUACCGAAGUAUACGCCGAUAUGCUGUUAGAGUGCUUUGAUAUUAGCAUAUCGCAGCACAUUGAGGGUCCAAAUGGUCCGAACCGCCUCAUCUGCGAGGUCUGCAUCACUCGUCUCCGAGAUGCUUGCAACUUCAAGAAGCAGGUACUCGAUUCUGAGAAAAAGUUUGUGGAUAUGGUCGGUAGAGGCGAGUUCAAGUCUAAAGUUGUCUACGAGGAUGAGAUGAAGACAGAGAUGGUAUUGGAACCGGAGGCGGUCGAGGAGACCGAAAUUGAAUACUUAGAUGAGGAUAUGGAUUAUGAUGAUGGCAACAAAGAUGACUUAAACGAACCCUCUGUCUCAGAGGACAUAACAGUGGACACGUUACCGAUUAAAGGCAAACGCGGUCGAGCAAAAAAGUCAGCGGUUAAACCGGAGAAGAAAACUAAAUUAGAGGAAAAGGCUAAACCGAAAAUUGUUAAAGGUAUAAAACCACGGAAUGUUAACGCCGAACCAACAACGAUCCGUAGACGGAAAAAUCUACAAUUGCUAUUCAACAAUACCACCAUUAUACCAUUUAAGUGGAGGGGAAAGUACUUAUGCUUUUACUGCAGUAAAGAUAUCGCCAAGUAUUGUGAUUUACGUAAACACACAAAGUCUCACGGUGAUUGCUCUAUACAGGAUCGUUCGUUAAAAGUCCUAAAGGGCGGACAGAGUAUGGAAAUAAAAAUUGAUAUAUCCGAAAUCGGUUGUGAGAUCUGUUAUGAAGAAUUUCCUGUUCUUGGCGAUUUGCUCACCCAUCUUUUCGUUAAACACGAAUUAGAGUACGAUAAGAAUGUUGAUAUGGCUAUAGAGGAGUACAAACUAGUUGAUUUGAGUUGCACACAAUGUAAUGACAAGUUUACUUACUUCGGCUACCUCGUGUCCCACAUAAAUACCAAUCACCCAAAGAACUGCUUGGUAUGUGACAAAUGUAACCAAAAAUUUAAUAAGAAGAGAGACCUGGCCUGGCAUAUGAAGAAUUAUCACAGGGAAGGUGGUUACCCGUGUGAUAUUUGUUCGCAAAGUUACAAAUCAUUAAAUACAUUAAGAAAUCACAAAAAGAAUCGACAUUGGACAAAAUGUAAUAUAUGUAAUUUGAGGUUACCGUCAACCGUCUUGAAACAGAAACAUAUGGAAUUAAAACAUCCGGAUAGAAGGUCGUUACAAUGCGAUGUAUGUGACAAAUACUGCCAUACGCAACAAGGUCUAAAAACGCACUUACGUAAAUGUAAAGGCGAUAUAGAAAUCAAGAAAGGACAAGGUGAUACGAUGGACUUUGAUAAUAGCGACCGACUUGCAAUAAAACCGAGCGUCAAAAGGGUUAGAGAAAAUAUUGUAACAGUCAUCAAUAUGUCUACAGCGAUCCCGUUUAAUUUCUUUAAAAAUAAAUUCAAUUGUUUCUAUUGUUCUAAAGACUUUCACGACUCUGAUUUGAUGAGAGAACACGCAGUUGUAGAGCAUCCCGUGUGCGAUAUUAAAGACAAGUGUAUCAUGAGAUGUAAGGAGACGGUUACUUGCGUUAAAAUAGACAUUUCUUCUCUCGCCUGUAAAGUUUGUUUCGAAUCUAUGCCAGAUUUAAAUACUCUAAUAGACCAUCUUAUACUAAAACAUGAAGCCAAUUACGAUAGAUCUAUAACCUCAUGUUUUCAACCUUACAAGUUGAUAAAAGAUCACAUGGCCUGUCCGAAUUGUUCAAGCGAAGUGUUUAGAUUUUUCGGCACGUUAUUACAACAUAUGAACGUCAAACAUACAAACAAUAAGAUAAAAUGCGAGCACUGCGGUAAGACUUUCCGAUGUGACCAAAAUUUAAGAGUCCAUAUCUGGAGACACCAUAGAGAUGGUAGUUUCAAGUGUAACAUAUGUGGAGCGGAUUGUAAUAUACCUUCGAGGUUGUACAAGCACAUGGCGAAAGCUCAUGGGGUCAAAGCGGCAAAAUGCCCAAAGUGUUCAGAAACUUUUGCCACACAGUAUCUGAGACAGAAACAUUUAAUAGAGGCUCACGAUUCAGGUCACAAGUGCUCCCAUUGUGGGAGAAUGUUUACCAGAAAUUCUUUCCUGCGUGAUCAUAUUAAGCGAACGCAUUUGAAGGAAAAAAACGUGGAAUGUUCAGUAUGCAGUAUGAAGUUCUUCAAUAAUAUACAAUUACGUCGUCACAUGGUCAAACAUAGCGGGGAAAAGAACUUUAGCUGUGAUAUGUGCGGGGAGAGGUUUUAUUGGAAGAAUACAUUACGUACACACAUGACCAAGCAUAAUAAAUAA